CUGUAGCACGUCCGCUGAAAAAGGGAUUUUGUCACGUGACCUGAAGUCGGCCAUGUUGUUAAAACAGAAUUCAUUGUCAAUGGAAAUAAGAAUUUAGAGACCUGUGGAGAGUAUUUUAUAAAGGAGUUAUAUACGGACAAUGGAGGAUAAUGGGACCAAUGGGGAUAUUAACACUGACUCUGACCAGAGCCCUCUCUCAGUCAAGGAAUCGUCCAUUCAGCCCCUCUCAACAUCAAGGAAAGUCAUCCAGCUCAAGAUAGACAACCCACUCCUUACUAAUGGUGACGUAGACGAUGAUGUUGAUGAUCCAUUCUGUAUCAAACCUUCGGUGAUUAAACCACAAGAAAACUCAUCUCGCCCCCAAGAUGUUCAAAAUGAUGAACCUAAACAGAAUGGACCUUCAAAGUCUAAAGAAGCAGAUGAGGUUUCCUCUGUGUCGGAUGAAAAAUCUCUACCUAAUGGUGAAAUUGCUUCACAGCUUACCUCAGAAAUAAAAAAUAAUGACUCUGACAAAAGUUCUAGUAGAUCAGAUGAAAUUAUGGAAGACAUCAGUUCUGAAAUGAAGGAAAUAGAGGGUUCAGAAAAAUCUCCAAAGGAGGAGAGGCUUGAUCAUUCCACUGAAAAAAUUGAGGAAGAUUUAGAUAAAUCCAAAGACUCUGAACAGUCGUCAGUGAAUGAAGACCCGGAACACAGUAAAAUUGCAAGCAAGCUGGACCUUGAUGUCGAAUCAGUCAAGUAUUUCAUGUCUACAGACAGCAAAGACAGCACUGACGAUGGCACAGCCCUCUCGCGAUCCGACAAGGUGGAUCUCAACGAGUCAGUCAUCAGUGUGUCCGAAGACAACUCCAGUGUUGUGGAGAGUAACACUAGUGAAGUGGUUCCAGAACUUAUCUGUUCUUCUGGGGAAGAGGAGCAAAGUGGUGGGGACUUGAAAAAAUCCGACGGGAUUAUCAGUGAACAUAAAGUAGAUAUAGCUGACAAGGUGGAUGAGAGCAAAGACAGUGAGAGAGCUGAAGUUGCCAUGGAGGUUGAUUCUCAUGAUGGUAAAAAAGAAUGUUCUGUGAAAGAUGACAGCAAAGAAAAAGCUAACUCUGAUGAAAAAAUUGACUCUGAUGGGAAAAUAUUUGAAAUGAAAAAAUUUGAUAAACUAAAAGAGAAUGAAAAGGUUAUGUGUCAGAAUAAAAAUGAACACUCUGUUGAUGGUUCAACAAAAAAAGAAGAGGAGGAUGCUUCGGAAACUGUAGGAAAAGUGAAGGAUAUUGAUGGGUCGGACAUUUUAAUCACUAUAAAUGAAGACAGUGAUAAAGACGAAGAGUCCUCUUCACAAGUAGGAACAAUUGAUAUACCUAUUUCUUCAGUGCAGCAGAUGCCCCGUGUAACUAGUACUGUGAAAGAUGAUGUAGUGAUUGUAGACUUGUCAGAUGACAAACCACCACCUCCUGUCAAGCCUAAGCCUCCAGUAGUACCCAUCAAACCAGGAAUGGUUACUGUUGGACCAAAUGGACAACAUUAUGUUCAGCAUGUGAUUCAUUGCCUUGAUGGUCGCAAGCAAAUCAUUCAGGUCCCAGUGACCUCUUCUCAAAAUAUGGGCCCUACCAAGGUAUCGGGUGUGUACACCAGUCUCCUGAAUCGAGCCAUCGCUAGCAGUGUCUCCCACUCGCAGACCACACAGAAACAAAGGUCUCCAGAGGAGUACAUUCAUCCAGAUGACCUCAUUCCACAAUCCAGCAUGGAAAUGAUUGCCUUGGCGAAAUAUGAUGCAGUGCAUAAAAACUUUGACAACACAUUCUGGAGUGGUAGUUGUCCAGUGAAGGGUGACAUCAGUACUAUGACCAAGGUUCUACAGGACUUGGGAGGGGAUAUUGUAAAACAGUCUGCCUACAGUCAAAUUGUGGAAGUCCAAGGCAGGAAGGCAGAGCAAGGCAAACUAGGGGACAAAGAAAAGGAAAAUUUAGAGAGAAUGAAAAAAGUGGUGAAAGAGCUGAAAGAAAAAUACAAACAUUUGGAACUGAAUUAUACAAAAUGUGCUGGUUGUAACUUUGUUACAGAGUCCAAAAAUGUAAUGGCAUUUCAUAAAGAGCAUCCGCACAUGGACCCUCCGUUAGACCCUUAUGGAUUCUUAAAAUGUCCUCAGGAUGGUUGCGACUUCAAAUCAACCGCAAUACCAGAGGUGUAUGCACAACACAUGGAUGAAGAGCAUUCUGUGAAAGCCAGGAUCUAUGACAAACCAGAUCCCUUCAAAUGUCAUCUGUGCUUCUUUGAAACUAAAGCAAAAAGCAAUUUAACUCGGCAUAGAUUUAAAUGUGAUAAGCAAUUUAAGCUCGGCCAUAAUCUACAUCCAAGUUACGCAGAUAUCAAUUUCUGCUUAAAGAAUGCAAUGUACAAGUCCCAGAUAGCAGCAAAAAGUCGAAAUAACCAAGUCUUAACAGCAGCUCGACAACCAGCUCAGCCACCUAUGAUUCGGCCAAAGAUUGCCAUCACUAAGCCCACAGCACCACUUCUGCCACAGGGUCCGAGAAAUUCCCAGGUUCCCGUCAUGAUCCCUCUAAGUCAAGCUCAGAUGAGUCAGCUCAAAAUGCCAAAGGUUAGGCCUGGAAUGACACCAGUGCUGGUGCCCAUGGGCCCUGUGAACCAGAGUGUUGCAAUGAAACCCCACGCUCCGACAGUGGGGGAGAUGCUAAGACAGCAGAAACAGCAGCAGGUGGUGGUCAACAGACCGGUGGCUCCUAAACCUAGUGCUCCGUCAGGCCAACAGGCCGGAUUUGAAGUGUGUGAGAUUUGUGGAGGCUAUGUCAAAGACAGAAUGUCCCUGCAAAUCCACUUUUUCUAUGCCCACAAAGUGGAUCUUCCUGCUGUUCUAUUUCAAAAGAAUAGUCCCCAGUUCAGAUGCAAUGUAUGCCAAGCACCUUUCUGGACUGCCAUGGGAUUAACCAAACACAGACAAAGCUCAAGACAUUUUGACACUGUUAUCCAAUCAGCUAAACCUGAAAUUAGGUGCUGGAUUUGUUUCCAACAGCCAGAUAAUCUUUAUUCUCACUUGCAAAGUUUCCACAAACUAAAUCCAAAUGAGUGCAUGAUUCUUAGAAGGUGCAUGUUUUGUGCAAUUCAAACAAGGACAAGGAAAGACUUGGAGCUGCAUAUGGCUACCACACAUGGAAUUCUCAUUAAAGGUACACCCUCAUCUGUUGCUACAAGUAGUUCUCAGCCCACAAAACCCCCAGCUGCUAGAAGUAACUUCUGUGUUUUCUGUUCAAAACAAUUCCCUGAUAACACCCAGCUAACUCUCCACUGUCUCCGAGACCAUGCUACGUGUUCAGGUUGCGGAAUGGUGGUGGCUAGAGCAGCAGACCUCGUUAAACAUGCCUGCAAGUCAACGGGCAGGAAGUGCCCUAUAUGUGGCUUGAAAAACCUCAAACAAGCAUUCUACAAUAAGCACAUACACACGCAUCUAAAGAAGUGUUAUGUUAAAGUCAAGCGGUUGUCGGAGAAAGAAAUAGAAAAAGCAAUGGGUAAAGAACGCAAAGCAAAGAUGGAUCUCGAAAAACAGAGGGAAAUAUUCACUAAACUUGAGUCAGAGAUAUGGGAUGAAAUUCAGAAUAGGAAGAAGCGAGAUGAUGGAGAUUCUACAAACACCAAAAAAAGACGGAGUAAUGACAGUGACAAGUCAACCAGUAAGAAAGCCAGACUAGAAACGGACAGUCAAAACGUGGUUGUUUUAGAGUGAUGCUCAUCUCAUUAACAGUCAGGGAUUUUCUCACCAUUCAUUAUCACACAACACAAGAUCUAAUUUGCGUAAUGAAUUUUCAUUUAAUGAUUAUGUGCUAAUUAUUUUGGUAAUUGCCUCAACAUAGAAUUGGUGGUGCACUUCCAUUGUCUAAAACAUGCAGAGAUGUUUAGAUGUGUGCUGCACCGCAUAUAUUUUCUCUUGAAAAAAAUUAUCAUGAUGCUUUUUCUGCAAGUUUCUGAUCAACUCUUUUGGACAUGUGUUUUAAGUAAAAGCAUAAAUGUUGUGGAUUAAAUGUUUUAUGAAGUGUAAUUUUCUUGUUAUUCAUUGAAUAUUUUAUUGUUUAACAGAUUAUAGGUAUCCUUUAUUUUUAUUUGUUUGUUAUAAAAGUCUUUUUUCUAUUGCAUAUCUUAAGGUAAUUUACACGAUGGAUAGAAUAUUACAGUACAGAAGAAAUUCUAUACUUAUAAUUUUUGUUUUUUUACUCUGACACAUUCUAAAAAUGAAGUUCAUCUGGCCUCAUGAUAAGAGUAUUGGAUUUUUUCCUCUACCAUCUAUUAAUAUUUUCUUUGAAUUAUUGUUACAUUCUCUGAGUGUUUGGUAUUCAGUUAACUGAACUUUUGCACUGAAAUUGAUAUAUAGGUUAUAACAUAGGCUCACAAAUAUUGAUGCAGUGGAGAAAGCCUACGAGAAUAGAAGUAACGGUAUUUACCUUCCAUUCAGUAGAGCCAGGGUACAUGUAUUUAAUGGUUUGUCGCUCUCUCUGUCAAUAUUGUCCAUGUUGAGAAGUCAAGAUGUUGUGCAACUUGUAAAUUGUCCUUGUAUAUCUUUGAUAUUAAAUUUUACAAGAAGUU